AUAAUCAUUUUCGACCACGUUUUAAAAGAAGCAACAGUUUAACGAAAAGUAUCGUAUAUUUUGUAAGACAUUCUUGGUAACUUUAGUACAACGAAUAGAAUGCCUCAAAAAAUGAAAUUUUCUGAUGGUGAGAGAGUACUUUGUUACCAUGGACCAUUAAUUUACGAAGCAAAAUGUCUUAAAGGAAUAAUGAAGGAGAAAAUUCCAAAAUAUCUUGUCCAUUAUAAUGGUUGGAAUAAAAAUUGGGAUGAGGUUGUACCGGAAAGUAGAGUUUUAAAAUACUGUGAUGCUAAUCUACAGAAACAAAAGGAACUCAAGGAACAAAAUAUGAAAAGCAAGAAAGCCAAAAAGAAGGUUGAAAAAGGAAGUGAUAUUAGUGACAGAUGUAAUAAGCGUGACUUAUCAACCGAAAGUCUUUCUCGAAGAAAGAGAUCACGAUUAGCAAACAGCGAAAAUGAUGAUAAUUUCUUACCACGUGCUGAUAUAAGAAUUGCAAUACCUCCUGAACUUCAACACUUUCUGGUUGAUGACUGGGAUCUUAUAACAAGACAGAAACAGCUUGUGCCAUUGCCUAGAAAAAAAACAGUUAAUCACAUCCUUCAGGAUUAUGUUGAUUCUGUUGCUGAAAAUUCAGAUGGUAUACGACCAGGUGUAGCUGAAGAAAUGACACAAGGAAUUAAAGUUUAUUUCAAUGUCAUGCUUGGAACACAACUUUUAUACAAGUUUGAAAGACCACAGUAUGGAGAUCUUUUGAAUGAUACACCUAAUUGUUCUAUGUGUGAUAUCUAUGGUGUGGAACACUUGUUGAGAUUAUUUAUUCGUUUGGGAAAUGCCCUAUGCUAUUCCAACUUUGACGACAAAAGUAUACAGUUUGUUGUCUCUUGUAUACAAGAUUUUUUGAAUUAUCUUAGUCGUGAAGCGGAAACCUUAUUUAAUCUUGAUUAUAUAAAUGCAACUCCAGAAUAUCAUAGACGAGCAACUACUUGAAAAGCAAAUUUCUAGUUAGGUAAUAUUGUCAUUUUUGUUAUUGAUUUAAUUUUGUUGUUGUUGAGAUAUAAAAAAAAGUCAUUGCAAUUGAAAAUGAAUUAGAUUUCACUAGUUAAAUGAAUGGAA